AUGCCAGCUAUGAAGAGGCCUGCGGCCAGCGAGGCUACGUCUGGUGCGCCCACGAAAAAGCCAGCUGCGAACAAGCUGACCAUCAAUGCCAUGGUGGAUGACAUCAAGACGGCUGCUUCGUCCAAGGAUGAUGAGGAAGAGAACCAAUUGCGCGACAAAGGAAAAGCCGAGAAAUUCGGCAAAUUAAUGAAGGCUGGGGCAUUGCCGCUAGCUGUGGUUCACAUGUGGCAAAUCGAGUCCAAGAAAGCGCAGAGCCAACGGCAGUUCCAGACGAAUCUGAUCAAUGGACUGUUCAACAAGCAAACUGAUGGAUCCUACAAGAUGAACACGGAGUCUCAAUGGCCCUUUUGA